AUGAGUGCAGAUGUAGAUGCAACUGAAAACUUUCCAGAUGUACUUGAAGCCAUUAUCAAUGAAGUAGGCUUCGCAGCAGAAACCCCACCUCAGGUGCUUCGCGAGAGGGUGUACUAUUUCCAGAAAGAGUAUGACGAGUUGCGGGAGUACACCAGGCUGGAGCAGGAUACGUGUCCGGAUAUACAAGCCAGCUACGCAGUAAAGUAUGUUGCACGGCUUAUUCAAAACUUGACAAUGCUGCACUGCACAAGUUCUGUCAAGCUCCAAAUACAUUUAGUGACGAAUUUCCGUGUAUUUUGCAAUCGAGGAAAGGGUGCUUCAAGACUCAAAGCUACACAAGCCGAAUGUAGCUCAAGGCAAGGGUACCUUCUCCCUUUACCAAAAAAGUUCUUAGAACAGUCUGGACAAGUAUGUAAUCAGAUACUGGCAGCACGUCAACAAGAAUAUCAAAUUGAACCCGAGCUGACGUCCGUGGUAGCAAGUUUAACCAAUGAGCUUCAGAUAAGUGUAUUGGAAGUCGAGCGCUUGCGCAAAGAAAACCAACGCAUGAAAAGCUUCGAGAAAGAAACUGACGAGAUAUGCACGGAUUUGACUAAGCUUGCAUCUGAAAACGAGGCUCUCAGACAAGAGGUUUCUUUGAGAAAUAGGCAGCUAGAGGUUUUGCAAGGAAAAAUAGGGGACUUGCAUAUGAUGAUCUCUAAAGAAAUUACAUUAUCAAAUGCCACAAUUCCUUUGAAUCAUGAUAAUUGUAAAAAAAUAUUGGAUACGGAAGGUAAGUAUGUAAUGCUGUUUGACCAGUUGCAUUUCAUCAUAUCAAAUGUGAUGAAAAUGAAAGAGAAAAAUAAGGCUUAUGAAACGAACACAAAUGAAAAUAAAACAGAUCAAAUUCCAUCUGAUGUCAAGCCAAAAUCUUUGACUAUUAAUAAAGAAUCUUCAUGUUCCGUCAGUUUUUCCUCAGACUUAAAUUUUAAUGUUGACAGUAAUGGAGACUUGUCUGAACUGAACUGCAGUCCCUCUGAAAGAAAUUACAGAGAACAGCUAAAUACUUUGAAGGUCAAGCUAAGCUUGGCUGAAGAAAAAAUCAGUUCUCUUAGUGAGAAACUUAAUAGAAAGGAACAACAAAUAGCUUUGAUUGCACAAGAAAAAGUAGUUGGAGGAAAAAAUGUUGAACAUGAGAUUGAAUCAUUGAGUCCUGGAAUGGAUUUCGAGUGCUGUUUAAAUGCACCUUUAAGGAAAAAAAUAUUUGAGAGCGAAGCAGCAUCAACACAGCUCUUGAAUCAUAAGGAAUGUGAAUUGAAUGCUAAAGAGAAAAUAAAAUUGCUACUGAAAGAAAAAGAUCAGCAGUCUUUGCUUGAUCAAGAGCAGCUUAGUUUGGUAGAUAAUUUAAAAAGUGUACCUGAAUCCCUGUAUACCGAAAAGACUGUUCUAGAAACUGAUAAAUGUGCUUUACAAAACUCUUACUCUGAAGAAUUGAAGAUUGAACUGCAGACUGAAAAGGAAAAUAUACGAUUGUUUGGCGAAGAUCUUGAAAAUGAGAUAAAAAGGGUAAACUUGCUUGAACCAGAAAAAGUGAACCUUAAAGAAAGUAGACGUGAAAUUUUUAAGGCAGAAAUAUCGUCUCUUGAAGAAUUACAUAAAGGUGUGAAACUUGAGCUAGAGCUCGAAGGGGAGGAAUUAGCAAUGCUGCUGCAAGAGAAAGAAUCAGAAGAAAUUCUCGGUGAAGAUUUAAAAUUAAUUUGUGAAGAACUGGGGAAAGAAAGGGAACAGCCGAUGUGUGAACAUGAGAAAACUGCCUUUAAAGAAAGCAUUGAAAUAAAACUGGAGUCUCUGAAUGUCAAGAUAGCUGCCUUGAGGAAAGAAAAUAUUUCUUUGCAGGCUUCACGCAGUGAGCUACAACUAAAACUUCAGGUCAGUGAAGAGAAAACAAGGUUGCUUUGUGAAGAACUUGAAGAUCUAAAGAAACAGAUCAGUGUUCUUCAAGAUGAGCAAGUGAACAUACUAGAAAGUUUUGAGAUGAGAGAAAAAACCCUCAUUGCUCAGUUGACAUUAGGAAAGAAUUCUGAUUUUAUUUUUAAACAAGAAACAGUCCAAGAAGAGGAAGCAUUUAAACAUCUCUUGAAUAGGAGUGAAUGUGAGACUCACUAUUUUACUGAACUCCGGAUGGCUGAAGAAAAAAUAAAAAUUCUUCAAAAAGAACUAGUGGAGGAAAAAGAAAAGUGGUCCAACUCGAUAGACAGUUUGAAAAAAGAAAUAAUUAUGAAGGAGGAAGCACUAUCACAGCUGCUUAAUGAGAAGUCUUCCUUGAUAGAAAGAUUGGAACAAGAAAUAGUUAAUAAAGAUGAAGCAUUAUUUCAGCUACAAAAUGAGAAGGAAUGUGAUAUGAAGAGGUUGGAAGAAGAGAUAAAAAUGCUUCAUGAAAAAUAUUUGAAUAAAAAAGAAGAGCAGAUGUUUCUUAAUCAAGAAAAAACUGUCUUGGUAAAAAGCUUAGAAAGUAACCUUGAAUCCUUGAAUGCUGAAAUUGUUUUAUUACAGAGUUCAAACAUUUGCUUGAAUCAAGGAAUAUGUGAAAAAGAGAAAGCAUUUUUACAGGUUUUGAGUCAGAAAGAAUGUGAAAUGAAGAUGACUGAAGAACAAAUUAUAUUGUUGCAUGAAAAACUUGUAAAAGAAAAAGAGCGGUGGACCUUGCUUGAAAAUGAAAAAGCCAUAUGGGUGGAAGGCUUACAAAGAGAACUUGAAACUGAUAAAUGUGGUUUACAAAACAAAGUUUUGAAUCAAGAACUUGUCCAGAAAGAAGAUGAAUUUUCACAGCUUCUUUUUCAAAAGAAACAAGAGAAAAUCAGUUGCACUGAACAAUUGGAGCAUUUUAACCCAAAAUUGGAAUUCAUUGUACUGAAAUUGAAAUCGCUUUGUGAAAAUUUGGAUAAGGAUGCUCAGUUCUUUCAACUUAAAGAAAAGUCUGACCUUAAUCAAAGCAUAGAAUAUGUUUUAGUAACAUUAAAUCUAAAAAUCUCUGCAUUGCUUGAGUCUGGUAGCAGAAUGAAAUGCGAAAUCAGUCAAAAAGAAAUUGAAGUGAAGCGCCUAACCGAGGAGAUGUAUUCUUUAUGUGAAGUGAAUGAAAGUUUAAAAACAAAUAGCCUUCAGUUAGAGUUGGCAAUGCCACGAGUUCAAACUGAUAGAGAAUUUGAGAUCAAAUGUCUUUUUGAGGAAAUUGGAUGUUUAGAUUUUAAUUUUAAAUCUUCAGAAGAAAGAAACAAGGCACUUUCCAAAGAGCUUCACAACAGUAAAGAAAAUAUUUCCAGGGCUAGAGACAAUGGAAUGAAGUUCAUCAAGCAACAAAUUGAAUGUUUGAAAGUGAAUCUCUGUCACCUAAGGAUGGCUAACUGUCUGAGAGAGGAUUUGUUACUGGAAGUUAAGAAGAUGAUGCAGAAUUUGUUGGACGGCACCUGGAAGGUUUAUAACUUCCAUGAACCAGCCGAUGUGCUGGAAUCGUUGACUUUGAACAAGGGUGAAGCCAUUUUGAAUGCCAUAACUACCAUACAAGACACACAAUUAACAAUGAGGUUAGCACUCUCUCAUAAAGUUAGAAAUGACAUUGAAUUAGAAAUUGUAAAGAGAAUAGAUGCUGAAGGAAUGAAGAAAUUAAGCCUGUUAAGCCAAGAAUGUGAUGGAAAGAACGUGAUUUUGUCAAUGAUGGACAAAAAUGUCUGCGUGAAGAACACGUUACAAAAUGAUUCUAAUUCCUUAAAUAUUGUUUCAAUAUUAGACACAGUAACUGAUGCACAUAAGUAUGAUUCAGACCAAAAUCUGUCACCAUUUCCAAGUCUGUAUGAUAAAGUGCAAAUGCUUUCAGUAUCUAAAGCUCCAAGUAAAAAUCCUUAUGUUUCGAAAGUUAAAGGAUCCAAUGAAUCCGAUAGUUUUGAAAAUAUCAGUGUCCAGUCUAAGUGUGAGUGUUCGACUUUGAGAAAAGAGUUAGAAGCAGCUGAAAUGUUAGCUAAAAAAUUGGGUAACGAAUUUAAACAAUACUCCAAGGCUCUAUCAGAAGAAAUAAAGUGCUUGAACUCUGAAUGGGAUAGUCCAGAACACUAUAAUUUAAACGAUCUCCUGAAGGUGUUAUUGGAUUGUGUUGUUGAAAAACAGAUUGAAGUUUUUCAAUCUCUUGAAAUGGAAAAAUGCAGUUGUGAAAAGUUUUUCGGAAUCCUACAGAAUGUCCCAAAAAAUUGUUCAGAUUUGGUAAACCAAAUCAGCAGUGAAAUUUCCGUAAUGAAGAGAGUGCCUUCGAAGUGUGAAUCUGUCAUAAUAAAACUUUUGUCUGAUUUCGAUAGAAAAUCUUGUGAAAUCUCUGUUCUUUUAGAUGAAGUUGGCAAGUUGCGGACAGAUGUAAAAUUCCUAACAAAUCGUUUAAAGGAAACUGAAGAGUGUCUAAACAUCACGAAUCAAAAGAACUGUGUUCUUGAUGAUAAUUUAAAAAUCUUGGAAAUGAAUAAUUGUGAGCUGAAAAAAUGUGUUGGUACAAGUGAUGAGAGGUUUGAGACUCUUUUAAAUGAACUUGAUGAUUUUUUUUUUAAAAAUCACAGGAAACUACAGGAAACGGAAGAAAGCUUGGCAGAGAGCGGAAAAUGGCUGAAAAAUGAUUUGAUGAUGGAAAAGACAUCAUCAUCAAAUUUAUGUGAAAAGCUGUUAAUUUUUGCAGGUGUGCUUGAGGCAUUGAGCCAUGCUAGACAAGAGUUAUGUGUACAACUUGCGUCAGAGAGAGAAUACAAGAUAAAAGCCGAUGAAGUCCAGCAGCUUCAAGAACAGUUGUUAGAUGUACAGCGCACAGGUAACCUUUUGCGACAAGAAUUAGAAAAUUGUCAACUUACGAAUACGAAAUUGAGUAAUCAGUGCAAUAAGUUUUUGGCUUGUGUUGUUGAGAUAGAAUCUAAACUUGAAACUGCUUUCAUCUCAAACCAUACAGCGCGUGAUGCUCCAAUUGCAGAAAAUGAACAAGAAUGCCUUGAUUUUACCCCACAAAAGGAGGAAUCGUUUUGUGUCAGCAAAGUUCUGGAAAAAAAGUUGGCGGGCAUUAGGUUUAAAAUUUCCAAUCUGGGAUUGGUCACAAGGCAUGCACUUGAUGCAGAAAAGAUAAAGGUUAAAGAAGAAAAGGAUGUAACACAAAACCUCAAAGAACAACUUAGGCAGAGUGACAAUUCUAUCAACGUUUUAAGAAACCGGUUGGAACUGUCCAUCAAAAAUCUUGAAACACUCAACAGUGAAAAUGAAAUGCUCCAAGCUCGUGUUAAAAAUCUUGAAUUGGAAGUAAAAAAACAUUUAGAGAAAGAAUUGUGUUUUCAAGGUAGACAAAGUUUGUUUGAAAGUGAAAAGCGAAACCAAAUUGAGACAUUAAAAUAUGAGAAUAGUAUGUUAAAUGCUGAAGUAGAAAAAAUUAAACGUUUACUGGAAGAGAAGACGAUGGAAUACAGUCUUGCGGCUAGGCAGAGUGCAGAUAGUUGUGACAGGCUAGCCAAAGAAAUAAAAGAUUUAACCAACAAAAAUGGAGAACUUGUUGAUAAACUAAGAGAUGUUAAAGACAGUUUCUCGUUGCAGUGUGAAAUGUAUAAGGAUAAACUAAGAAAUUGUGAAAUCAAAAUGGGGGAAGUUCAGAAGGAGCUGACACAAAGUGAAGCAAUGAUGAGUGCACUCCAAGUAGAGCUGUUGGAAUCUCGCAAAAGGGCCAUUGAUUUGGACGAGGAAAAUGAGAGCAUGCUUCAGUAUAUCCGAGAACUGGAAUCAAAUAUCAAGGCUAGUUACGAACAGAGUAAAGAUAGAAUAUUUGAAAAUGAGGCCGAGGAGACAGAAAUCACUCUGCUGAGAAACGAAAACAAAGAAUUAGGCACUCAAAUGAGACAAAUGAGUGUGUGUGUCGAACAACUAGAGAAGAAACUUUUAGUCUUUGAAGAGAAGUCUUUAAAGUUAGAUUCCGUUGUGAAACAGAAUCAGAGGCUGCAGUUGGAGCUAAGGAAAGUGACAAAGGCGAAGAGUGCCGUUGACAAACAGGUUGAAAAGUUGGUGGUAGAGCACCGGCGAGAAUUUUGGCGCAAGUCAUUGAUGACUACAACAGUUGGCACCAACACAGGAGGAGAGGAAAACGCUUGUGGUGUCUGCAAAUGCAAAAAACUUGAGGAGACUGUGAGUAAAUUGCAAAAGGACUUAGUUCAAAAAAAUGCCACCAUUAUUGACAUGGAGUUCAAGAUGAGGAGCAGAGCAAGGGAAAGGGACCUUGAGAAGUGUCUCCAGUCAUACCAGAAUGAGGUGCACACCCUGAAGGAGCAGCUCCAUAUGGCUCGUGCAGACCAGGUGGCUGUUGCUGAUCUCCUUGCCCUGGAAGUGAGACAGGUGAUGCCCUCGCCCCAGGUCCAGUUCCAAGACCGCGCUGUGCAAGCCUCCCUCGAGGACGCAUCCAUGCGCCUGAGCGUGGUGCAGGAGCACAACCUACUAAGCCUGCAGCGGCAUGUGGCCCGCCUGGAGGAGGACAAGCGAAGGUCACACGAGGUGGCUCGCCAUCGGCUGGAUCAGCUGGAGCAGGAGAGGAGGAGGUGCCAACGCUUGCAAGCUGCAAUGGCGCUGUGCCGGUGUGGCUUCGCUGUGCCACAGGAGUCCCCCGCGUGGGAGCACGAUUCCCACAAGGACGAGGCCUCGACAGGCAAGACCCGUCGCAGGAGGCCCUUAGUUGGAGUGGAAAAUCAACAGCAACAUGCCCCAGUCGGAAAAGCAAAUGUUAAUAUUAAGACUUCCGUCUGAACUGCAUCUGGGAAGGACUGGAAUGUAAUUGCAUAAUACUUGAAUAUUUUUUAUACCUGUAUGUUUUGCAUCUGGUGUUAGAAUAUUUCAAUGUAAGUGUAAUAUGUAAUAAAUGUAAUACACAUUAGGUUAGUAAACAACUUUACCUGUUUUUGUUUGAACAGUUAGUCAUCAUUGUAAAAAUUGUUAAAGGUUUUAUUU